AUGUCCGCAUCCUCCCCAGACUUCGUCCAGGAGAAGCUCACCACUCUUCUCAACUCACCCUACAUCCACUUCAACCAACCUCCUCAGCUUCACGGUAUUCGCCUCGGCCAUGGGCCCGUCGACCUCUUCAGCACACGCUUCAAUAACUACUUCACCAGCGACGCCACUGGCAUCGUGGCUGGCAAGGAGGUAGACAAGGAGGGGUUGAAGACCGCCUUGUUGGCCCUCCAGAAGAGGUGGAACCCAGACAGCGCCAACUUCGUUUCUCAAAGCGAUGCUAGCAAGCCUACCACUAAGUUCCUCUGGACCCAGAAGAACGCUGACCAGCCCACAGAGAUCUCUGCUUCCGCAGAACUCAAGCACGAAGGUGGCUCCGACCGCAUCCACCAGCUCACCCUUGACGGAGAUGAGUCCCUCUUCGCCUGA